CUGGUAGAGAGAGAGAGCCUAGUGUCCCGGCUCUGCUCCGUGAUGGCGGGCGGGCGGAGGGGUCUGGUCGCCCCGCAGAAUACAUUCCUGGAGAACAUCGUCCGGCGAUCUAACGACAGUAACUUUGUGCUGGGGAACGCUCAGAUCGUGGACUGGCCAAUCGUUUACAGCAACGAUGGCUUCUGCCACAUCUCCGGCUUCCACAGAGCGGAGGUGAUGCAGAAGAGCAGCACCUGCAGUUUCAUGUACGGGGAGCUGACUGACCAGGUCACCACUGAGAAGGUUCGGCAGACGUUUGAAAAUUAUGAGAUUAAUUCGUUUGAGAUUCUGAUGUACAAAAAGAAUCGGAUGCCUGUUUGGUUUUAUGUAAAGAUUGCUCCCAUCAGGAACGAACAGGACAAGGUGGUCUUGUUUCUGUGCACCUUCAGUGACAUCACCGCCUUCAAGCAGCCCAUCGAUGAUGACACAUCAAAAGGCUGGGGUAAAUUUGCACGUCUGACGCGAGCGUUGACGAGCAGCAGAGGGGUGUUGCAGCAGCUCGCCCCGGCCGUCCAGAAAGGAGAGAAUGUCCACAAACACUCCCGCCUGGCUGAGGUUCUUCAGCUGGGGUCCGACAUCCUGCCUCAGUACAAGCAGGAGACCCCUAAGACCCCUCCCCACAUCAUCCUGCACUACUGUCUCUUUAAGACCACCUGGGACUGGGUGAUCCUCAUUCUCACCUUCUACACCGCCAUCAUGGUGCCCUACAACGUGUCCUUCAAGACCAAACAGAACAACGUCACGUGGCUGGUGGUGGACAGCAUUGUGGACGUCAUCUUCCUGGUGGACAUUGUUCUCAACUUCCACACCACAUUCGUAGGUCCGGCAGGGGAGGUGAUCUCCGAUCCGAAGCUCAUCCGAAUGAACUAUGUGAAGACAUGGUUCGUUAUUGACCUGCUCUCCUGUCUUCCUUAUGAUGUCAUCAAUGCCUUUGAAAAUGUUGAUGAGGGGAUCAGCAGUCUCUUUAGCUCUUUGAAAGUUGUGCGUUUGCUGCGACUGGGCCGGGUGGCGAGGAAACUGGACCAUUACAUCGAGUACGGAGCAGCGGUGCUCCUGCUGCUGGUGUGCGUGUUCGGUCUGGCGGCCCACUGGCUGGCGUGCAUCUGGUUCAGCAUUGGAGACUACGAGGUGAUUGACGAAGAGACCAACAGCGUGAGGAUGGACAGCUGGCUGUACCAGUUGGGGGAGGCGGUGGGCACGCCUUACCGUUUCAACAUGACAGGGGCAGGCCGCUGGGACGGGGGUCCGAGCAAGGACUCGGUCUACAUCACCUCGCUGUACUUCACCAUGACUAGCCUCACCAGCAUCGGCUUCGGGAACAUCGCGCCAACAACCGACGGGGAGAAGGUCUUCGCUGUAGCUAUGAUGAUGAUUGGAUCUCUGCUUUAUGCCACCAUCUUUGGUAAUGUGACCACCAUCUUCCAGCAGAUGUACGCGAACACCAACCGCUACCAUGAGACGCUAAAUAGCGUUCGAGACUUCCUCAAACUCUACCAGGUCCCAAAGGGACUCAGUGAGAGGGUCAUGGACUACAUAGUCUCCACCUGGUCCAUGUCCCGAGGGAUCGACACUGACAAGGUCCUCCAGAUCUGUCCUAAGGACAUGCGGGCAGAUAUCUGUGUUCACCUCAACAGGAAGGUGUUCAAAGAGCACCCCGCCUUUCGCCUGGCGAGUGACGGCUGUCUGCGAGCCCUGGCCAUGGAGUUCCAGACAGUGCACAGCGCUCCGGGAGACCUCAUCGUCCACUCCGGGGAGAGUGUGGACAGCCUCUGCUUCGUGGUGGCAGGGUCACUAGAGGUCAUCCAAGACGACGAGGUGGUGGCCAUUUUAGGGAAAGGAGAUGUGUUCGGUGAUGUGUUCUGGAAGGAGCCAACGUUAGCGCAGGCCGGUGCUAACGUCCGGGCGCUAACCUACUGUGAUCUCCACAUCAUCAAGCGCAACGCCUUGCAGAAAGUACUGGAGUUUUACACAGCCUUUUCAGGGCACUUCUCCAGGAACCUACUGCUGACCUACAACCUGAGGAAGAGGAUGAUCUUCCGGAAGAUCAGUGAUGUGAAGCGCGAGGAAGAGGAGAUGUUAAGGAGGAAGAACGAAGCGCCGCUCAUCCUCCCUCCAGACCACCCCGUCCGCCGGCUCUUCCAGCGCUUCCGGCAGCAGAGGGAGGAGCGACUGGCGGCAGAGCGGGCGGGGCAGGGGCCCGGGGAGGACGCCCUUGGGGCCCCGGAGAAGGCCAGCGUCCGGAUGGAGCAGCCAAGGGUGCAGGAGGCCCUUGCCUCCACUUGUAUCGUCAUGGUAACAGAUAGCCCGGGUCCAACUGCUGUGUGUUCCGCAUCAACAGUCUCCAGAGCCAUCCUCCACCAGAACAGCCUGGUGGGCUGCAAAUCUGCCGAGCCCCAUAAAGCCAAAGGCUGGGGUCGUUUUAAAGAGACGGUGGUGAAGGCGGAGUCCUGGAGCAGUGUCUCUAAAGCCGAGUCUUUGGAUACCCUUCCUGAUAGAACUAAAUCCCACAAUGAGAUGUCCCUGAAGAAAACAGACUCCUGCGACAGUGGCAUCACUAAAAGUGACCUGCGACUGGACGACGUUUGUGACGCGGGAACGCCACAAGAACCGAGCCCAGUCAAGCCCGACAUUAAACAGAGCUCCUGUUCAGGCCCUGAACAGGGCAUGCAGGCCAUGUUCCUGGAGUUUAAAGAGGAGCUGAGGGAGGGCAUCGGAGCCCUCGACACUCGCAUGGCCGCUCUAGAGGCCCAGCUGGCCGAGAUGCUGGAUCUCCUCCGAUCCGGGAACGACUCGGGAUCCUCCUCUCAAAGUUCUCACCCACCCUCCCCUGUCUCUGAAAAGAACAACAUCUCAGAGGCUUAGGUUCAGCCUCUGAGAUAGUAACACACAAGGGGAGGUGUUACUAAACUGAGGUUCAGUAGUUUAAAACAAGGAGAAAACUGUUACUAAACUGAGGCUCAGUUCAAUGAGAGCUGUUACUAAACUGAUGUUCAGUCGUUUAACAAAAUGAGAGCUGUAACUAAACUGAGCUUUGGUCGUUGAACACAAGGAGAGCUGUUACUAAACUGAGCUUUGGUAGUUUAAGAAAAGGAGAGAUGUUACUAAACUGAGCUUUGAAACGUUUAACACAAUGAGAGCUGUUACUAAACUGAGCUUUGUUAGUUUAACACAAGGAGAGCUGUUACUAAACUGACGUUCAGUAGUUUAACACAAUGAGAGCGGUUACUAAUCUGACGUUCAGUAGUUUAACACAAUGAGAGCUGUUACUAAUCUGACGUUCAGUAGUUUAACACAACGAGAGCUGUUACUAAACUGACGUUCAGUAGUUUAACACAAUGAGAGCGGAUACCAAACAGAGCUUUGGUAGUUUAACCAAAGGAGAGAUGUUACUACUCUGCGGUGAGCGUCUUCCGAAUUGAUUAUAUGUGAUGCAAUACUUAACUCAAAGAAACAACAAGAGCAUGACAUUUUUGAUCUGAUCUUGGCAAUAAUACAAUGUUGGUGACCAUCUCCCUGUGAAUAUUGCUGUUCAUGGGAGGAAUGUAAUGUCAAUCAUGAAUAUUUUACAAUGCCUUUAAAGUCAUAUAUUUAAUUUAAUUGUGUAUGUAAAUGAGCAUGUAGGUAGUUUAGGCAGUUCUAAACCAUUAUUUAUAGUAAGAGCAAAGAAAAACUUCAUUCUUGUUAAAUGUAUAUUGUGAAAUAAUGACUAUUUACAACCACACUAGGAUAAACCCCAUUCGUUGUUUUACACAAACAGUGUCAGGGCUUAAUGAAAUGAGUUUCCAUGGGCAGCUACAAUGGCCAUUACUACUGGGCUACAGUUAGCAUUAGGCGUAACACAUUAGAAUAUCUGGUCAAUUGUGAAUUCAUUGCUUGAAUAUAUAUGAACAAUGCUUGAUAAAUGAGAAAUUUCACUUUACUACUGAUUUAAAUGCUUUUUUACUGUGUUUAAAAGUUGCAGUUAUUCUAAAGUGCUACCACAUUAGGUUACCAUGGUGAAUGCAGCAGUAACUUCCCAUGGUUAAGGAACUAGAUGUUAAGUAAGCACAUGUGGCUGUGAUAUCGACAAACUUUCUGGAAAUGUAAUGAACUACGUCAAUAAACAUGUCGUUUAUAACUAAUAGACUACAUCAUUAAACAAUUAGUUGGCAUCUCACAAAAUACGUUAUUAAAGAUGAGGUGUAUGUCUCAUUAACUAUAGGGCUUGGAUAUUAGCUCCAACCCCUAAACCUUACCAGCAAAUCACUUUAACAGUAUUUCAGUUAACCUCUGAAAUACAGAGAGUGGAAAAUGUGACUAUGUUUUUAUUUUAAAAAAAAUUAUGGCGUAUUAUAUUAAUGCUGGGGUAGGCAACUUGGGAGAAACUAGCAAGAGUAAGAUAGAUAUCCCACCUCUCCCUUCUUGCCUCCCUCCAAAGCCACAACUCAAAAAAACCUAACUAGCUUUAGCAACAAGUCUGCCUAGCCUCUGGAAGACUCUGUGCUGUGCUCCGAUAUCCAUACUUCUAUGAGUACACUUAAACAGAGUACAUCAUCCGCACUCACCAAGAGUGCUGAUUUUCAGAUGUCAGUGAUAUUCCAAAUCGAAUACUCCGUGGUGCACUUACCGGAAAUUACGAUCGCGACUGCCGCGGCGGCUCGUCACCCGCCAAAAAUAUCCCGCUUUGAACGGUGAUUCCUUUACGCCUAGCAGCUAUAAAAAGCUAUAAAAGCUACGAAAUGACUCCAAUAAUGCAGGCUAUGUGGAAAAUGCGCGGACGUUGGCUCAGCCUGGCUCCGCCUCUCCCGCCAGUAGCAAGGAUGGUUGCCGUUGAGUGCGAAAAGUGUACAUCGUUCCACAUUCAACGUUUUGACCAUUUGGAGGGCACCAUCCGGGUCCUUCCAGUACCCCUCUUUUCACCCCAAUCGUAAUUGGAAUGCCCUACGUACUCAAACUAAGUAUAGUAAGUACGGGAAGUAUGGAUAUCGGAAUACGCCACAGGUCAUGUGUUACUAGCUCACUAGCUAAAGCAACAGGUCUGCUAGCCUUCUAGAAGCCUCCGGUCAUAUGCAGAGGGGGCGCAUGCAGCCGAUUAGGGAGGUAGGCAUGUCGGCCAAUCAAUCAUUUCAUUCGGCCGAUUCAAUUAUUGGACGCUUAUAGGCCAGGGACAGCAACAGAUAACGGAUCCUUCUUUUACUUUUUCAAGCAUUUGAUUAAUUGUUUGCUGUUGGAAUGUAGAGUGAAACUCAAUAAAGAUGACCAAAAUGCUUCUAAAAUAUAUUACCUACCCGACCAGGUCUGAUGGCCCCUUCAAAAGACCAUCUAGUUCAGUUAAAUCAAUCCCUGAUAUGUUUCAACUGGUAGCACUCGGGCGCGGACCAAACGACCAAUCAGAGACCAGAGGAAAUAGCGGUUAUAGCGUAAAUAGCGGUUCUCAACUCACGUGCCCCAUGCACCGCAAGACUCCAAGAGCUGCCUUUAUUUCAACAGACACGUGCAAA